UUAACUGUUAUCUACAUCACUAUUAUUAUCCUAAUUAACGACACGUAAAUAAAAAUUGUGAACAAUCUGAGAAUUGGCUAAAGAAUUCUAGUCCAAAAAUCAUCCUAUUAGUGAUAGAAUGUCUACCAAAAUUGAUGCAAAAAAUAUAAACAGUACGGCCUCUGAGAAAAACGACUGGGAUCAAAAUGAUGAUGAUAACUGGGAUGAUUGGGGUGAUGCCGAAGAUAAUUUUGAGGAUCCGCCUGAUUCCAAAUUAUUGGAGGACAAUGAUGCAAAGGGCAAAAUAAAUGUAGAAAAUAAUAAUUCCUUACACACCACAACGGAAACAGCUGAAGAAACUGCACAAGAUUUUAACAAGAACAAAGGGAUAUUAACGGACGUAAGAAAAACGGAAAAUACAAUUACCACUACAAUGCAAAAGCCAACCUCUGGAUGGGGUGGGCUGUUUGGAGGCGUAGUUUCAUCCGUACUUUCAACUGCAACUGAAGGUCUUGGCAAUAUCACAUCAACAGUCAGUCAAGGACUUAAUCAAGUAAUUGGCGUACCCGAUCCAGAAGAACUAGCACGAAUGCAAGCUGCCGAAACAACAAAGCUACAGAGUGAAUUAAAAAAGCCUUCUGGCGUAGAUAAAAAUGACGAGCAAAAAGGUAUAAACGAUAACCAGCAACAUAGAGUUCAGGAACAACAAGGAGGAACGCCUGUUUUCGGAUUGAAUAUAGUUAGUGGAGUGACGACUAUUGGGACGAAGGUACUCAAUACAGGUUUGGAUACACUUGAAGGAAUUGGAAAAAAAACCAUGAAUAUAUUACAAGAAAAUGAUCCACUAUUAAUGAAUAAGAGAAAAUUACUUGGUUUGGAACAUGAUAAACCAAAUCUGAGUGAGGUGCUUAAGGAAGCUAAAAAAGACGCUGAUCACUUAGAAAAUGCUUUGAAACAAAUGAAAUUAGAAAAAUCACGCGAAAUGCUUCGGUUCGAUUUACUUUUCGAGAACAAUUGCGGUCUUGUACACCUGGAAGCACUGGAAAUACUCUCUAAAGAAUCAUUGCUUAAAUUGCAAAAGCUGCAGGAUGCAGUCAGUGGCAAUGCACUUAAAGAAUUGCAAGAGACUAUCACUGAAGUUAAAGAACUGAUGGAAUUGGAGGAUUUAGAGGGCGAAAGUGAUGGAGAUUACGAUGCCGAAGAAUUAAAUGCACAUCUAAUUAGCGCCAUUGAAGAUGCAGAAUUGCAAAUAAAUUUCGAUGAUAUAAUAAGCAAUUGGAGACAAGCGUUGGAUUGGUUUAAAUCAGCACCAGUGAAUGGUACACAUGACACCGUACAGGAUUUUUUUGCCAAAGCUAUUACAUUGUUAGCUGAAGCUUGUGCCUUGCAAAUAAAUAAAUUACACAAAAUCGCCGAGUUAUUGUUGGUGAAAGAACAUCAUAGUACCGCCAAUGAAGUUGAUUGUAUUGUACAAUUGUGCAAGCAAUUCACUACGCAUUUGAAUGGUCUGACAAAUCGAUUUGCCGCUACAUUGACGGGCAUUCAGCUAGACGCGCAGACAGAAGCAGAUGACAUAAUAAAAGCGCGCGUCAGCACAUUGUUCGCUGAAAUGUUGGUGGCAUUACAACAAAUAGACAAGGCUUUUCAUUUGUUCUUACCGAUAUUGCAAAUUGGAGCGGUGUAAAAGAAAUGGAAGAUAAGUAAGUGUUACGGCUUGUUUAUGUUGAAUAAUAUUUUCUAAGUAUUCUUAUUAUCUUUGUAUUUAAUUGCUGCAAUGGUCACUUGAGCUUAUAAUUAAAAGUGUUUGUUGCUAAAAUAAAUAAAUUGUAUUAAUGUUGCACAAUAUUUUGGCAUUCCAUAAAUCGGAAACGCUUUGAUUAUAUGUA